AUUGGCCAAAAAUUCUGGGAAGCCAUCUCUGCAGAACACGGCCUUGACCCUACAGGUGACUACCAUGGUGACAGCGACUUACAGUUAGAACGCAUUAAUGUAUAUUACAAUGAGGCCAUGGGCGGAAAAUAUGUCCCAAGGGCUAUAUUAAUAGAUCUUGAACCUGUGACUAUGGAUUCGAUCCGAUCUAGCCCGUACGGCUCUCUUUUUCGACCAGAUAAUUUCGUGUUCGGUCAAUCUGGUGCUGGUAAUAAUUGGGCUAAAGGUUACUACACAGAAGGUGCUGAAUUAGUCGAUUCUAUCUUAGAUGUUCUCCGUAAAGAGUCAGAAUCCACCGACUGUCUUCAAGGCUUUCAAGUGACUCAUUCUCUUGGUGGUGGUACUGGUUCCGGCCUUGGUUCCUUGUUAUUGUCCAAGAUCCGUGAAGAAUAUCCUGAUCGUAUGCUGUGUACUUUCUCGGUAGUACCAUCGCCGAAGGUUUCUGAUACCGUUGUUGAGCCAUACAAUGCGGUGCUUUCAGUUCAUCAAUUAGUAGAGAACAGUGAUGAAACCUUCUGUAUCGAUAAUGAAGCCUUAUAUGAUAUUUGCUUCCGUACCCUGAAACUGACUAAUCCAAGGUCUCAAGGCUUCCGUGCUCUUACGGUACCGGAACUGACCGCACAAAUGUUCGAUUCCCGCAACAUGAUGGCUGCUUCAGAUCCUCGUCAUGGUCGAUACUUGACUGUGGCAACGAUUUUCCGUGGUAGACUUUCCACAAAGGAAAUUGAAGCACAAAUGCAUACAAUUCAAACUAAAAUGAGCUCUUACUUUGUUGAAUGGAUUCCAUCAAAUGUUAAAACUGCUGUGUGCGAUAUUCCUCCAAUCGGUCUUACCAUGUCCGGUACUUUCAUCGGCAAUAGCACAGCGAUCCAAGAACUUUUCAAACGUAUAAACACACAAUUCACCGCAAUGUUUAGGCGAAAAGCUUUCUUGCAUUGGUAUACUGGUGAAGGUAUGGAUGAAAUGGAAUUCACCGAGGCGGAAUCAAACAUGAACGAUUUAGUUUCCGAAUAUCAACAAUACCAGGAUGCAUCCACUGAAGAGGAAGGUGGCGAAUUUGAAGAAGGUGGGGAAGAAUAUGCUGCUGAGGAAGAGGCCGAGUAA